AUGGCGGAAAUUCGCGAGUCUCCUGUCAAUUCAGGCACACACCGAGCCCGUAUACCUGAACCGGACGCUCAAAACAUCGUCAAGGGUGACUUUGUGGGGAAGCUAGGCCAGCCUUCUGUCGAACCAAGCAAGCUCCAUGUCCGGAAUACUGAUGCUGAUGAGCAUUAUGUCUCCAACUACAUCAAAGCGAACUUCAAGGAUAGUCCCGCCAGAAUCGAUCGACUCUCCUCGUAUCUAGAAUUGCUCUCACGUAUGCACAAGGUAUCUGACUGGUAUCUCAUCAAGAAAAACAUCAACAUUGGAUCUCUCGUUGCAGACGCCAAAUUCCCUUCGGAAAAAGCGGGUCAACUUACUAAAAGCCAAUCUGACGCAAAUGUCUUUGCGAUGUCAAAUCUUUCCCCUGAUGCAUACGAUACAGCUUUGAAGCGGUUCAAGAGGGAUGCGAAAGAUGAUCCUGACCUUGCUAUGUUUCUGUCGGUUUGGUUUCACGACAAUGACAAACAUCUCGGUACCUGCAUCUUUAGCGCCCUACAGACCCCCGCUUAUAGAGAAAAGGGUAUAAAGUUGUUGAUCUACAUGUUUCAAGACUUAGACGGGAUGCACAGGAAUUCUGACUAUGUCAGUGAGUUGUUGAGGAGUAAGUUUGACCAGUAUGGGAGUAUAUUUGUCGAUGCGAUUCAACUCCUUUACCGAAGGUAUCAUAGAGCGAAAUAG